AUGCACUUAACACUUAUUGUUCUCGUUGCAUUGAUUCCAUCAAUAACAACUUUAAAAUGUUUUGUAUGUAAUUCGAAUGAACAUCCUACUUGUGCAAAUGCAGGCGAGUUAAAUAUAUUUCAAAAAGAAUGUAAUGUAACUGUUGAGCCGCAUUGUCGUACAAUAACUCAAACAGUUAAUCAAGAAAAAAGUGUUGUACGAGCAUGUGGUUCAAAAGCCACAACAAAAAGUUGUUAUAAAACUGCUGGAUUUAAUAAUGCUAAUGUUUGUUCAUGUAAUACGGAGCUUUGCAAUAAUGCACCAAAUUUCAAUCGACAACAACAAAUAAUGACGAUUCUUUCAUCAAUUAUUGUUGUGGCAAUAACAAUGAUUAUGCUUCGUUGA